AGCCACAAAGGUGAGUGAAGUGAAAAAAUAGAAAAAAUAAAUAUAAAAAAUCUAAGUGUAAAAAGUGCGCCGGCAGACCAGCCUACAAAUGGCCAAGCUUUCUCCACGUGGCGUCUCUCACCUGCUGCGAUCUUUCUCCUCCUUCCUCUGCGCUCCUCCACCAUUGCUUCACACCAGCAAGCUCAAUAACACCAUGGACAAAACCCCACAAGAGUCCAUAAAGGAUCAGCUGAGAGAAGGGUACUACAAGGAAAGCCGCGAGUACAAUACUUCAGACCCAGGGCGUGCUUCUGACAAUAUACUCCCUCGCAUUUUCAAUCUCUAUGCAUCACGUGCCACGCCUCAAGAUUUUGAAAUUUAUGCUCCUGAUGCAACCUUUGAAGAUCCUCUUAUGUGUGCACAGGGGGUAAGCCAAAUCAAAUCCGCAUUCUAUUCACUUGGCAAGAUUUUCAGUGAAUCGAGAAUUGUAGAAUACAGCUUGACAGAGAAUGAGAUAUCUCCCGGAAAGAAAGAGAUACUAAUUGAUAACAAGCAAUACUACAAGUUCAUGGGUAGAGACAUCCAUAUGGUAUCGCUCAUCAAGUUGUACACUGAUGGAGGAAAGGUUGUUCGCCAUGAAGAUUGUUGGGAUAAGAAACCACUCCGGAACCAGAACACGGUGACGCUACCCCUUGUUGGGAGGAUGUUCGAGCUCUCUCGAAGAGCCUCGAUGCUGGCAACUCAUGCAGUGAUGGGGUUUGGAAGGGAUCCACCAAAUCCAGUCAUGUAAACCAUUCCCUUUGGAAGUGAAAAUUACUCAGUUUGCAUACUUAAUUUCAUAGAAAUGUAUAAUGUUGGGAUGUUGUUUACAUUGUAUACAUGCAAAAGAAAUGGUGGUGGUGCAGUUACUUUGGACUUUGGAGUAUAUAUAUCUAUGUAAACCAAAUAUGUUGAAUUGGGCUGAUGGAGUUUGUUGUGGGUGAAAAGGGGUCCUAGAAUAAUCCUACAAAAAGUUAUGCUUCUAUUGUUUUAUACAUUUAGGUUAUGAAGAACAUGUACUAUAAGUUUUAGAGAAAUAAUAUAUACUUGUUUUAUGAAACA